AGGGACUCACGGGGGCAUCUUGCACAGACCCCUGGACCACGCCGCCAUCGCAGCCUCCCGCCCAGUCCUCUCUCUGCUGCUUCUCCUCGCCAUGGAGGCGAGGCCGCCGCCGCCGCCGCGGGGCUUCGAGCAGCGGACCGGGCGGCGGCCCUGAGGGGAGCGGCGGGCCGAGACGCCGCCGCGGUGCUGAGGCGGAGCUGCCGUGCGCGUCCCCCGCGGUCCCGCCCAGCGCCGGGCUCGUUUUCCAGGAUCUGGAUGCACACCAUGCGGCUGUGCAAGACCAAGUAGGAAAUCAGGAGGAAGGCGUGGAGCCAGAGACAGACGUCAGCAUGGAUUCCUGGUUCAUUCUUAUCCUGUUUGGCAGUGGUCUAAUACACAUUAGUGCCAACAACACUACUACAGUUUCACCUUCUUUAGGAACUACAAGAUUAAUUAAAACAUCAACAACAGAAUCGGCUAAGGAAGAGAAUAAAACUUCAAAUUCAACCUCUUCAGUAAUUUCUCUUUCUGUGACACCAACAUUCAGCCCAAAUCUAACUCUGGAACCCACCUAUGUGACUACUGUUAAUUCUUCACACUCUGACAAUGGGACCAAGAGAGCAGCCAGCACGGAAUCUGGAGGCACUACCAUUUCACCAAACGGAACAUACGGAACAUGGCUUACUGAUAACCAGUUCACGGAUGCCAGAACAGAACCCUGGGAGGGGAAUUCCAGCACUGCAGCAACCACUCCAGAAACCUUCCCCCCUGCAGGUAAUUCUGACUCAAAAGACAGGAGAGAUGAGACACCAAUCAUUGCGGUGAUGGUGGCCCUGUCCUCUCUGCUAGUAAUUGUGUUUAUUAUUAUAGUUCUGUACAUGUUAAGGUUUAAGAAAUACAAGCAAGCUGGGAGCCAUUCCAAUUCUUUCCGCCUGUCAAAUGGCCGCACAGAGGAUGUGGAGCCCCAAAGUGUACCACUUCUGGCCAGGUCCCCGAGCACCAACAGGAAGUUCCCACCACUGCCUGUGGACAAGCUGGAAGAGGAGAUUAACCGGAGAAUGGCUGAUGACAAUAAGCUCUUCAGAGAGGAAUUCAACGCCCUCCCUGCCUGUCCAAUCCAGGCCACCUGUGAGGCUGCCUCCAAGGAAGAAAACAAGGAAAAAAACCGAUAUGUAAACAUCCUGCCUUAUGACCACUCCAGAGUGCACCUGACGCCUGUGGAAGGGGUUCCAGAUUCUGAUUACAUCAACGCCUCAUUCAUUAAUGGCUACCAGGAAAAGAACAAAUUCAUUGCUGCACAAGGACCAAAAGAAGAAACGGUGAAUGAUUUCUGGAGAAUGAUAUGGGAACAGAACACAGCCACCAUUGUCAUGGUGACCAACCUGAAGGAGAGAAAGGAGUGUAAAUGUGCCCAGUAUUGGCCAGACCAAGGCUGCUGGACCUAUGGGAAUGUCCGUGUGUCUGUCGAGGAUGUGACUGUUCUGGUGGACUACACAGUACGGAAAUUCUGCAUCCAGCAGGUGGGCGACGUCACCAACAGGAAGCCACAGCGCCUCAUCACUCAGUUCCAUUUCACCAGCUGGCCAGACUUUGGGGUGCCUUUUACCCCAAUUGGCAUGCUCAAGUUCCUCAAGAAGGUGAAAGCCUGUAACCCUCAGUAUGCAGGGGCUAUCGUGGUCCACUGCAGUGCAGGUGUAGGGCGCACUGGCACCUUUGUUGUCAUCGAUGCCAUGCUGGACAUGAUGCAUUCGGAGCGCAAAGUGGAUGUAUAUGGGUUUGUGAGCCGGAUCCGGGCCCAGCGCUGCCAGAUGGUCCAGACAGACAUGCAGUACGUCUUCAUAUACCAGGCCCUUCUGGAGCAUUAUCUAUAUGGCGACACAGAGCUGGAAGUGACUUCCCUAGACACCCACCUGCAAAAAAUUUAUAACAAGAUCCCAGGAACUAGCAACAAUGGACUAGAGGAGGAAUUUAAGAAAUUAACUUCAAUCAAAAUCCAAAAUGACAAGAUGCGUACGGGAAACCUUCCAGCCAACAUGAAGAAGAACCGAGUUUUACAGAUCAUUCCAUAUGAAUUUAACAGAGUGAUCAUUCCAGUCAAACGGGGCGAAGAGAACACAGACUAUGUGAACGCAUCCUUCAUUGAUGGCUACCGGCAGAAAGAUUCCUACAUCGCCAGCCAGGGCCCUCUUCUCCACACAAUUGAGGACUUCUGGCGAAUGAUCUGGGAAUGGAAGUCCUGCUCCAUUGUAAUGCUAACAGAACUGGAAGAAAGAGGCCAGGAGAAGUGUGCCCAGUACUGGCCAUCUGAUGGCCUGGUGUCCUAUGGAGACAUCACAGUUGAGCUGAAGAAGGAGGAGGAAUGUGAGAGCUACACUGUCCGAGACCUCCUGGUCACCAACACCAGGGAGAACAAGAGUCGGCAGAUCCGGCAGUUCCACUUCCACGGCUGGCCUGAGGUGGGCAUCCCCAGCGAUGGGAAGGGUAUGAUCAACAUCAUUGCAGCAGUGCAGAAGCAGCAGCAGCAGUCAGGGAACCAUCCCAUCACUGUGCACUGCAGUGCCGGGGCAGGACGGACAGGGACCUUUUGUGCCUUGAGCACAGUCCUGGAGCGCGUGAAAGCAGAAGGAAUUUUGGAUGUCUUCCAAACUGUCAAGAGCCUGCGGCUGCAGAGGCCACACAUGGUCCAGACACUGGAACAGUAUGAAUUCUGCUACAAGGUGGUACAGGAGUACAUCGAUGCCUUCUCAGAUUAUGCCAACUUCAAGUGACAGGGGACAAGGCCCACAGACAGGAGAAUUGCCUUUAAUAUUUUGUAAUAUUCUGUUUUGUUAAUAUACCCAAAAUUGUAUAUAUCUUAUAACUGUUUUAGAAAUGGCACAUAGGCUUCUAUUACCUAUUAGGUGGAGAUUUUGUAUGUAAAUGUGUUAGCACUAUAGUCCUUUUCCAGUGUUUUAUUGGGGAAUUAAAUAGUGUGAUAUUUGAGUUGA